UCUCUCCAUCUCAUCACUUCGCCUGGUCGACAGACUAGACGCAUCAUCUCACGCUCCGGGAAUGGGAUCUUUACUGGGUUCAAAGAAAAACUUCCAAUUCUUUCGAGUUUAUGCUCUGCAGAAACUACUUUUCAAACUGCAGGGAUAGUUGUUGCUGCUGGUGCAGGGUGACAGCAAAGGGCAACUGGCCGAUGAUUUCCGAGACGCACCUGAAGCUGUAUGAUUGUCAGGGAGUUUCACACGGUAGAAAUUAGCACAGCACCAUAAAGUGGUCUCUGCUCUGUUUGAUUAUUCAGAUAUCUUUGCACAUUUAUUCCAAAGUUACGUCAAUCGAGGCGUGCGUAAAAUAUUUGUAUGCAAAGUUGGAGCUAUUACGCACGGUUCAAAGUCUGUUCUGGGGGACCGGCUAAUGCAAUAACGGGUAAAAGACCACAGCUUUGUUAACUUUUGAAUCUAAGGGAGAAGUGAUAAUAAUUUGACAGCCAUGGCAAAAUGGUUCAGAGAUUUUCCCAUCAACCUGAAAAACGGAAACGAAAGAGUCCGCUCUGCGUCUGAAUCUGGUCCACAAACUCGACCCAAACCUUCGUUCUCUCGAGACAGUUUGAAAGGAAAUCAGCGUAAGGAUGGAGGAGUUGGCGGUUUACUGGCAGGGAGAAAUAGGAAAAAUUCGGCUACAGAGUUGGGUCGUGGCCAGACUGGUUCUGGUGGGACAGUCUGGGAUAGUCGCGCACCUGGAAAAGGUCGUAAAAACUCCAAGAUCGAGACUGCAGCAUCAGAUGAGAACCGCCAGGUUAGGACCUCUAGUUUAGCGCAAGCUUACAUCAGCAGGAUGAUCAAAGUGGACAAACAAGACAAGACCCCCAAAAUGAACGGCAUAAGUGAACAGAAGAUGCCGGAAAACGAGAAGGCACGGUCAGACAUUAAAACAACGCUGAUUAUCCUAGAGGACUAUGCAGAUCCUUUUGAUGCAGAGAAAACAAAGGAGCAGAGAGAGGCUGAGAGAGCAGGGGUGAAUGAUGGAUACAUGGAGCCCUAUGAUGCACAGGUCAUCAUCACAGAGGUUCGUAGGCGUGGAUCCAAAGACCUCCUGAAAGUGUGUGUUCUCCUGGACCGAGGCCAAAGAGGAGGGAAAGUAGAGGAGUACAAACCGACGCCCCCAAAUAUCUAUGACACACCGUACGAGGGUGGACAGGACGGCGACAGCGAGGGGGUGUGGAUCCCUGUCACACGGCCAGAGUCUGACGUCCGUCCAGCCGGAGAAUACGAGCUGCCCUGGGAGUGGAGAAAGGAGGACAUUGUUAGAGCUCUGUCAGCUCAGUUUGAGGCAGUGGAUUGUUCUCCCAGUAAAGAGAACGGUUCAUCCUCCAGCCGCCAGCAGCAACAGCCACAGCCACAGCAGCAACACACCCUGAGACAGAAGAACUGGAACCAUAAAACACUCGUCUCCUCUCCUCCGUCCUCCUCCUCUUCUCCCUCAUUUCCCUCCUCUCCUAUUCUUAAACUCUCUCCUCUCACACCACCAUCUCCUUCCUUCCCCACCCUCAAAAUCUCACCCCUCUCACCCUCUUCAAGCCCUAGCAAACUUUCCCCCUCAUCUCCUACCUCCCUCGGUGUCCCACUGGAUGAGGAGGCAGCCAAAGUGGACCCGAGCUUGCCCUUGGAGAAACAAAGCUGGUACCAUGGCAGUGUGAGCCGGCAGCAGGCUGAGGCUCAGCUGCAGCGCUGCAGGGAAGCUAGCUUCCUGGUGAGAGACAGCGAAUCAGGAACCAGCAAAUACUCUAUUGCCCUGAAGACCAGUCAGAGUUGUGUGCACAUCAUUGUGGCCCAGACUAAGAGCAGUAAGGGCUUGGCCUACACACUGGAUCAGAGCAGCGGCGUCUUUUCUAGUAUCCCUGAGCUGGUCCACCACUACUGCACACACAGACUGCCUUUCACUGGAGCAGAGCACAUGACCCUGCAACAUCCUGUACCCAGGCCACACUGAACAUGCGUGAAGGACAAACAAAACACACUAGGACAAAAGUAUGCAUAUUCAGACACAAGCAGAGACGUAUGAUGUGUUUAUGCACAAACAUACAGACACACAUAAACUUGUUAAUAUUAGUAUAUACAUACAUACUGUGACAAAUUAAAGGAAA